UGGGAGCAAGAGGGAGGGCGGUGGGGGCAGGGAGCGCCGCUUGCCUUUCUUGCAAGCGAGUUAUUACAAGGACAGCUGUAGUUUGAGACACAAUCAGGAUGUGACAUCACUGACAGGGCGAAAAAAAAAUAGAAGAGGGAGAGUCCGGCCAGAGUUUCUUUUAAUGAAAACCCCAGGACGGUUUUGGGCGCGUGAGUUUUCUCCCUGGCACCCAGGGAGGGGGGCUUGAGAGCUGACCCUGGAGGGAUUCAAAGCAGUUCUCCCAGCGUUUGCUGCCUUAACACGGUGGAUUAAAUUCUUCGGCUCUGGUAGGAGAAACCUGCAGCAUCGCUCACAAUGAAGCUUCUGGCCUAGGAGAGAUUUUCUCAGGGGGUCGAGCUGCUGUGCUUUGAAACCUGGCUGUCCUCACUCAAAAUGGCUUUAUGCCUCAAGCAAGUGUUCAACAAGGACAAAACCUUUCGUCCCCGGAAGAAAUUUGAGCCUGGCACGCAGCGGUUUGAGCUGUACAAGAAAGCCCAGGCUUCUCUCAAGUCUGGGCUGGACUUGAAGGCCGUGGUCCAGCUACCACCAGGGGAGAACAUCAAUGACUGGAUCGCGGUGCAUGUGGUUGACUUCUUCAACAGGAUCAACCUCAUCUAUGGGACCAUGUCCGAAUUCUGCACUGAGAAGACCUGUCCCAUCAUGUCCGGUGGGCUCAAGUACGAGUACAGGUGGCAAGAUGAUAACAAAUACAAGAAGCCGACCAAACUGUCUGCACCCCAGUAUAUGUGCAGGCUGAUGGACUGGAUCGAGACGCUCAUUAACAACGAGGACAUUUUUCCUACCAGGAUAGGGAUCCCCUUCCCCAAGAACUUCCAGCAGGUGUGCACCAAGAUUCUCACCCGCCUCUUCCGCGUCUUCGUCCACGUCUACAUCCACCACUUCGACAGCAUCAUCAGCAUGGGCGCUGAAGCACACGUCAACACCUGCUACAAGCACUUCUACUACUUCAUCAGGGAGUUCAGUCUCAUCGACCACCGGGAGCUGGAGCCCUUGAAAGAAAUGACGGAAAGGAUUUGCCACUGAAGGGUUUCCUGAAGAGGAGUUGGCCUGCAUCGCACCAAACCAACUCGCAAUGGGAUGUUGGGACAAUCUGUCUUGAAGGACUGCGCUGGGGAUUUGAAAUUUAUAGAAAUAUGUACUGUUUAAAAGCCAUAUUAUGGCCUGGGCAAAAUCCUGAAUAAUAUUAGGAGUUGCUGAACAGAGUUGAAAGACAUCCCUGUCUCUAUGGACUUGCUGUUUUUAGAGAACCAGUGGCUUGAAUGGAAUAAGAUAUAUUAUACAUGCCCAUAUUGUGGACUGCUCCCUGAGCCCCCUGAUGUCUUUCAAGUCCUGUCAACCACCCCUUUUUAUCAUGCUGCAGUGUCCUCAGCUUUAUAAGGAUCUCCUUAAACUCCGACGCUGAGCCUGGAGAGUGAAAUAUGUAGCUAAGUGCCGGGUAUCAAUGAUGCCUGCCCAGAGUAUUAAUGCCUAUUGAAUAAGCACCAGUCCCAGCAUGCACUAGGCUUGCUGUCAAGUUUGAGAUGCAGUGUCUGCAAUUGGUCUCUUCUUUGGUGGAGCCAAAGACCUGGUCAGAAAUGUGAAGAUGUCCCUGAGGCAAUAUAAAGCCAUUCUCCAGCCACAAAAGCCACCUUGCUCCUGUGGAAGAUUUGAGCCUUUCUUCAAGCACCUGUCAAGUUUGCUGUUCCCAGUGCCUGCCCCAGAAGCACUUCUUUCUCUCCUCCACCGGGGACGACCCUUGUGCAGCCUUGGGGAUCCCCCCGUCAGGGCUGUUUCCAGGGACAAAGGUCUGGAACUUGGAGACAAGUCCAGCAUUGUCCCUGUAUCGAUGCUGUGCACUUCAACUAGGGGUGCCAGUCUUUUCCCCGGUGAUCUCUCAGUGUAAGUAGUGUGAGUGCCUACUUCUUGCACCCGAUUAAAAAACAGCGUACAUCAUCUUAUUCAUCCAAGUUGCAUGCCCCCAAAGAAUGCUGCUUUGCUUCUGGCAGUAGCUUUCUCUUUCAGUGUUUAAAUGAUAGCUGUGGUUUUAAAAACAACUGCUCACCGUUGGUUCUUCCUCAGUAGCUUCAGCAUCUGAAUUGCUCGUCUUGCAGGUGAACCUUUCAUCUUGCUCAUCUCCCUGAGCCGUGUUCAACAACCCACGUGGGAAUGGGAACUUGGUUUCUCAAACUCAAUCCCUGCGCCUGGCUUCCUCUGCUCACACUGAGGUGAAAAUGGUCUUCCUCUUCUGACCUCCCUUGAAUUAGCCCUAACUCAUGCUGGUGUCAGUUGGAAAAGAAUUAGUUCUUGUGUGUCCAUUAUAUAGCGUGUCACCUGGCAAUUUACUCCCUGGUGCCUGAGGCCAAAGAAAUGCAAGUUCAUUUUUUUCCAGAGGUACGUUAGCUCCAGUGUGCUGUGGCUUGUUUAAACUGCAGGCUAAAGACAGCAUGGCUCACAAGAUACUGAGGGCAAAAUCUUGGAGACGUGACUCAAUAUGCCUUCACUUGCUGAACUUACCUGGGACCCUGAGAAAGGAAGGAGGGCACAUGGAGAAGAAACCUGCUGACCUGUAGAAAGGCAGGAGUCCCAGAGAGAGCCAGAGAGGUGCAGAAUCAAGAUAAUGGACCACGUGCACUGCCGCCAGGAGUAGCACCAUGCUUUUGACUUUCAUGCAGCUGCUCCCACUAAUGGAAAUACAUUUGGCUCGACGUCCUCAGAAUCACUUGGGUGACCAUCACCUUCCUGCAGUGGAUUCUGCAGUAAACUGAAGAUGCAAGACCACCGCCUCACAGCACGCAAACGUCUGAAGUCACGCGGGAGCUUCCUCACUGGCACCCAACCUCUCGAUGCCACACCAAGGAGACAUGACUACAGAUGUGGAAUGAGAGGCUGAAGAAAACACCUGAGAGUGGAAAAAUGGACAUUCCAGUGGCUGAGUCCUUGCCAUCAGGGUGGACGAACCGUGGUCAUGGUGGUGAUGUCUCAACCACCUACGUACCGAAGGUGGACGCUCCAAGGAACCAAUGAAGAAGUGGGGCUAUGCCACUGAUUCAACCACCUGUGAUUGUGGCAUGGAGCCUCAGACUAUGCGACACCUGCUGCAACGCCCACUGCUUGAAGGCACGUGUACGGCGAAAGACCUCACAAAGUACAAUAAACGAGUGCACGCAUGUGUAAUGCAAUGGUCAAAGUGGUGUAAGAGAUGCAGGAAGUGGACUGUUACCCCAUCAGCAGAUCUCAGCCCACCCAGGACUUCCCAGGUGUCGCUUUACCUUGGCCACGUGGCAUCCCAUUGCAUAAGGAGCCAGUAAAGACCUUCUGAGCUCAGAGGCACACAUCCCAGCUCCGUGAGCUGAUGAAGCAACUCAGCUAUGCCCGUGGCUGGCAGUGGAGAGAUCCUGAACCCACCCCGUAGAGAGUAGCAGUGCACAAACAUGAACCAGAUCAUUCCAUUAUUUUCAUCCUUUUUUGUAUAUAUUAAAUGCCUAGCUGAAAGAGUUCAUUUCACUCCCUAGCAAUAACUGUAACAGAAAUAUGCAUGGGUAUGAUCGGAGCCUAGUACGUGUGUGCAUGUGUGUAUUUGUGUGCGUGUGCAUGUGUAACAUGCCAGUGGUCUCUGAUAGCCCCUGCCCUUGAAGGACAGGCUAUGUGCCUGUCCAUGCGGGCUAGAAGCCCUGGCACAAAGGAGCACGGCAGCUCCUGUGUGCCCAGCCGGUUCUGUAGUCCCACCUUCUUGCCAUCUCGGCUGUAGUGCUGAGUCUUCUGUAUAAUGUCCAUACCCCAUUUUUCAACCCAUUUUUAUUCUGUGUUUGGGACUUGGAGCCUGCAACAUCAUUCUGAGUCUAGGGACUGACCACAGCCCUGCCACUGAAAAGAAAACUCCGUUAAAACUGCUCACGCUUCUCCGAUUUUGUCAGAAAGUCUCCGCACAAAGCCUUAAAUCAGCCUGCAGUCCGGAUCCAGGUUCACUGCAAAGACGUCUCUGAACAAAGACUGCAUUUUAAGGGCUCAAAGCUGUGGGUUCAAGGUCUGCAGCACCUUUUUUUGGUAUCAGUGGGCACUGAGAGCUGACUGACCUCUGGUGUUUCCAAAAUUUUCCAGACCAGGCAGCUGUCAGUGACGUCAAAUCCUGAAUCAGUCUUCACACAUUUUUUUUUGCUUUUUAUCCAUAAGUUAAUGGUCUAAUAACUUCCAUAUACAGAACCAAAUUCACUGCUGGUGGCUGCUUCCCUGAAUGUGUUCCCAAUGGAGCAAAUGAUUGUUGAUUGAAUGCAUUUAAGUAAAAUGUUCCCCACCAUCCCACUAUUUACAAUGUCAUGCACAUCUCUACUGGGUUUGCAGGGUUGAAAGCCAACAGACCACUUUUUCAGCAUAGGAUAUGGACAAUCGUAACUGCGUUAUUCCAUACCAGUGGACUGCUCCAUCUCUACAAGAGCCAUUUUUUCUCCCAGGAAACAGAUCUCCUCCUACUCAAUGAAGGGAACUUCACAGUGUAUCCAAGGCAUAUUUAAAAUGGUCCGGACUCAGCAAGAGUUGGUCCUGGGAGUAGGACCAGGCUGCUGACCAGGCCAGUAUCAGCUUUGCACUUCUUAUUGGGAUUUUUUUCCUAUUUUGUGUAUACCAGCAAAUCCCUCCUAGCCUAUGGAGGACUUGCCCAUGGAGGAUUUGCCACAGAGGAUGGACCAGCCCAUGAAGGAUUUGCAGCAUACGCAACAGAUGAAGGAUUUGCAGAAUGAAAUCUGGUGGAGUGGCAAGACAUGACUCAUCUUCCUCUUGCUGCUACAGAAAGAUUAGCAGAGUAACUUUAUGUUCUCUAUAUUAUUGGGGUCUACUUUAUAUCAAGAUUUUCAUGUUCUGCGUUUUAGCAUCCCAGGAUUGUGCUAUCAGAGGAGCAUUGCGUCUUGUGAAGACACGCACCGCAUGACAAGGUUUAUAGUCUAUGUAGGUUCUCCCCAUUGAUGGGGGGAGCUGCGUACCUUCCUGUACUACAAGUCUUGAUCCGAAAUGAAGGCAGGCAAUCCUAAGGGAACAGCAGUCAGCAUUUCGGAUGUGCUCCUUUGCUUUGGAGCAGCAGAUACCACUAAGAGACAUUGGCACCUCACUGUGAUCGACUCAUGUGCUUUGAUGGUUUUUAGCAUGUAAACUCUGACGGACCAUUGAGCUCACACUUGAGACUUUCUCCUAAAUGCUUGGAGAACCUAUUAACUAGCCUUGUGUCCCAUUGUCUUAAUGUUACUGUGUUUCUUUGCCUGACAAUUGCCUACCUCUUGUCUUCUUGACAAGAAGGAAAGUGAUUUUUUUUUUCUGUUUAAAAAAAAGAAAUGACCUGAGCCACAGUAUAGUCGUAUAUGUGUUUUCCAGCAUUUUUUUUUUAUAAAGGUUUUGUAUAGUAUAUAAUAUUGAUAUUUAUAUCAGGUGCUGUCCUAAGUUUUGGCUAUGAAAUGUCAGUGUUCACGCCAGGAGAAAUGUGCACCAGCAGAUCUUUCUUUGUGCUCAAAGCAGUCCAUUUGUUGUGAAUGUCUCUUUAAAAAAAAAUCUCAUCUGCCAAAUAUAUAUAUUUUUACAAAGACACAAAAAAGGAGCAAAAAUGGAAUAAGUGCCACUCCAAUAUUUGUUGCGCCUGCAAGAACUGGUAGGAGUCCAAGUGUUUUCAUCUGUUACUAAUUAAAGAGCCAUCAAUGAAAAGAAACCAAGAAAUCGGCGUUUUCCAUUCUUCACUGAUUAACUUCCAACAAUGAGGCCAUCAUCAUCAGGUUCAGUGCUUGUGUAGAGGGUGAUUCUGGGAAGCUCUCUUGAAGAAUUGGGUCUUCCUCUAGUAUGGGUCGUAACUGUUUGAGGAUUUUCCGGAUAGGUUCCAGGGAGGGAUGGUACGGCAUAUGCCAUCCAGGAAGAGUACAAAAGGAAGAUAUGGCAUAUCCCAUCCUUUGGAAGAGUGCAAAACAACUGUGGAUGCUCCCUCUGCCAGAAGAAGGGUAUUUGUACCCAAAAGCUUGCAAAGAAUUUUUCCAGCUAUUUUAGUUGGUCCCAUAAAAGAUGUCAAAUUUA